AGUUUACUAUGUACAUGUACAUGUGUUCAGUUAGUAUGGUCUGUCUGGUACUACAUGUACAUGUGGUGACACUACACAGUAGCUAGCAGGACUCGGCGAUUGGAAUUAAGUUCUCAAGUGCGAAUAAUCUCAUUUCUCAGUCAGAAUCAUUGUCUUCAUUCCAAUGGCUGACAACGAUUUACCAGAGGGAUGGGAAGUGCACUACAGUAAAAGUCAAGGGGGUCGUAAAUAUUACCUCAACAUCUAUACCAAGGAAAGUCAGUGGGAUAAACCUAUGGCAGCAGCAGUCAAAGCAGUGCGUUGCUCACAUCUUUUAGUCAAGCACAGGGACUCGCGACGUCCAUCAUCAUGGAAAGAAGAAAAAAUCACCCGCACUAAAGAGGAAGCUAUUAAGCUGCUGAAAGGAUUUCGGGAGGCUAUUGUAAAUGAGCAAGUAAGCUUUGCCAGCCUUGCUUCAACAGAGAGUGAUUGCAGCUCUGCGAGGAAGGGAGGUGAUCUAGGUUUCUUUGGUCCAGGUCAAAUGCAGAAACCAUUUGAGGAAGCAUCCUUUAAACUUAAAGUUGGGGAAAUAAGUGAUAUUGUCAGUACUGAUUCUGGAGUUCACAUCAUCAUGAGGACUCAGUGAAAGGUUGUUUUGAUGAGAGGGAAACAUAUAGAAUACUUGCAGGGACAAUUGCCAUGUUUGUGUAACAUGAUUAUUGUUCAAACAAGCUGCACUGAUGUUCCAAGAUUGUACAAAGCAGAAAUUGGUGUUAAAACCUGCUGUUUUAUUGUCCUGUGUUAAACAGUAAAUUUUAGAAGUUUAACUGAUCAUGAGCACUGUUUAGAAAGUUUAUCAUUUUGUCAAUUACCUCUCAUACUGAAAAAAAGAUUUAAGUACAGGACAGUGCAACUUGGGUUGUUUCUAUCUCGUAAUACCUCGCUUAUCUUUUAGCCAAGAGUACAGAGAACUACUUCUUACAUGCACAAGAAGGGGACACUCGGGACAUUUGGAUUACUCUCUUGACAUUUGUAAUUGGUGCAAGUUUCUUCAACACUGAUAUGUACUAGAAACUUCAGUGCUUAGAACAGAUUGUGACACAAGGGCAUAUUUUGGUCACCUUGCCACAUACGUCAGGAAUUUGUGUUCUUGUUUCAAGGUCAGUGUAAAUGUACAAGGAUAUGUUGUUAAAUAGCAAGUCAAAGUGAGCUGUACUUGGGAAAACAAGGACAAGACAUUAUUACAUGUAGUUAUCACAUGAAUGCUUGUGAACAUGGAAUAUUGUAGUGUGUAUUGUGUCCCAUGUACUAUUUCACCCUCGUCCUUGUAUAUGGGACAAAGACUAACACUAACACAAGAGCUUUAAUGUGGUAAAUUUGUCUUCAAUCAGACUUGACACAUAGAAUGAUGAAAUGUAUGCUCUGUGCAUGAAAAAGAAAUAAAACGAAAUAUUUCAAAGGUGUGCGUGUCAGAAAAAAAAGUAAAAGUGGACAGAGACCACAUGUACCAUAAUUUUGCAUGUGACACAAACAUGCUGUCUUUGAAUUGACAGUCAAUUUUAAUGUUGAGCAUUUCUCUUAAAACGUUAAGAAACGCAACACCCAGUUAGAACAGGGCCAUACGCAGGGUGAGAAAAGGACUGUGCAGCAUGGUAAUAUGGCACACAGUUGCCAAGACCAGUCAGAAUUGAGGGUUCAAGCUUGCUUGAAGAAAAAAGGGUGACACAGUUGUCUAAAUGUCGUGGUAUUUCUGGAGUUGGAAAGACCGAGGACCGAAUGCAAAUGGUACUACGUGUAUAUGAAUCCAGAUCAUAUUUAGUUUCUAAUGUACAUGUAACAACAAUGAUACUGUCUGAACUGGUCCUAAAUUAAAAAACAGCCUGCAGCUUCAAAUUA